UAUGCAGGGUGGUGUAGUUGCGUGUAAUUCGCUUGGUGCUCGCUUCAAUCCUCGCUCGCGUUAGCGCCACCCGCCUCCGCUCUCCCUUCCCGCGCCAAAACCCUCCACCAUGCGCAUGCGAAGCUCGGCCUCCUCCUCCCGGAGCCCAUGGAUUUCAACCGCCUCUUUCUUACCUGCCCCUCCCUCCGCCUUGCCCGCCCCCUCCACUCCCUUUUCAUCGUCUCCGGCCGCACCGGAGACCUCCUCCUCUCCACCAAGCUCCUCAACCUCUACUCUCGCCUCGGCGACCUCCCUUCCUCCAUCCUCGUCUUCGAGCAUUCGCCCUCGAAGAACAUUGUCUCAUGGAACUCCAUGAUCUCCUCCUACGUCCACCACGGCCUCUUCUCCCUGGCGGUCGGCUGCUUCCACCGCCUCCUGGCCACCCCGGGCAUCCGCCCGGAUGCCUUUACCUUGCCAGUCACCUUGAAGGCUUGCCAGGAUCUGGAUGAAGCGAAAAAGAUGCAUUCGUUGGUUUUCAAAUUGGGCUUCGUUUGGAACGUUUUCGUGUCUGCCUCGCUGAUUAAUGUCUACUCGCGAUUCGGGUCAGUGGGUGAUGCGGAGAAGGCGUUUGGAGAAAUGCCUUAUAGAGAUCUGGGUUCAUGGAACGCCAUGGUUUCCGGGUUUUGUUUGAAUGGGAAGGCGGUGGAGGCGGUCAGGGUGUUUGAGGAAAUGGUCAGGGAAGAAGUGGGUAUGGAUAAGGUCACCGUUUCGAGCAUUGUUCCAGUAUGUGGACAGUUGGAGAAUCUUUUGAUGGGGAUGUCGAUACAUGUUCAUGUGAUUAAACGUGGGUUGAAUUCCGAUAUUUUUGUAUCAAACGCUCUGAUCGAUAUGUAUGGCAAACUGGGUUGUUUGGAUGAAGCAAGGCAAGUAUUUGAUCGAAUGGAAGAGAAAGAUUUGAUCACUUGGAAUUCUAUUAUAGCUGGUUACGAGCAAGCUGGUAACCCAAGCAUGGCUCUCAAGUUGUUUGAUAUGAUGAAAGAACAUGGCAUUGAGCCAGACGUACUGACUCUUGUUAGCCUAGCUUCUGCAGUCGCUCAACUUGGUGAUGAUCGAAGGGACCGAUUGGUGCAUUGUUAUGUCAUGAAAAGGGGAUGGGAUGUUGAUGACGUUAUUGUCGGCAAUGCCAUGGUUGAUAUGUAUGCAAAAUUGACCAAGAUCAAGGCUGCUCAGAAAGUGUUCAAUAGGAUGCCUGCUAAGGAUGUCAUUUCUUGGAAUACUUUGAUCACAGGUUAUUCUCAGAAUGGACUUGCCAAUGAGGCAAUUGAGACUUAUGAGUAUAUGGAGAAGUAUGAGGGUGUGGCACCCAGUCAAGGAACACUGGUUAGCGUGCUACCUGCAUGCUCGCAUGUUGGAGCUUUGCAGCAAGGGAUGAUAAUCCAUGGGCGAUCGAUCCAUAUUGGGUUGGAGAUGGAUGUAUUUGUGGCUACUUGUCUUAUAGACAUGUAUGCCAAGUGUGGGAGGUUGCAGGAUGCGAUGCUUUUAUUUGAGCAAGUCCCCAAAAGGAGCACCGGUCCUUGGAAUGCUAUCAUAGCUGGUCAUGGAGUUCAUGGUCAUGGCGACAAGGUGCUCAGGCUUUUUUCAGAUAUGCAACAAGAGGGGGUUAAACCAGACCAUGUCACCUUUGUUUCAUUGUUAGCUGCAUGUAGCCAUGCUGGAUUAGUUGAUCAAGGCCGACAAUGUUUUCAAAUAAUGCAGAAGACUUAUGGUAUUGAACCCGCUACAAAGCAUUAUGCAUGCAUGGUAGAUUUGCUUGGUCGAGCUGGGCAACUGGAUGCUGCCUAUGAAUUUAUUAAAAGCAUGCCACUUGAGCCUGAUUCUGGUGUGUGGGGUGCUUUUCUUGGUGCUUGUAGGAUUCAUGGAAAUGUUGAAAUGGGUGCAUUGGUUUCAAACUACCUAUUUGAAAUUGAUCCAGAGAAUGUUGGGUACUAUGUUUUGUUGUCGAAUAUGUAUGCCAAGGUUGGGAAAUGGGAUGGAGUUGAUGAAGUGAGAUCUUUGGUUAGGCGUAGACAUUUACAGAAAACUCCUGGAUGGAGUUCAAUCGAAGUGGACAAGAAGGUGCAUGUAUUUUUCACAGGGAACCAGACUCAUCCUCUAUAUGAAAAGAUCCACGAAGAGCUAGGAAUUUUGCAAGCCAAAAUGAAGAGCCUCGGUUAUGUUCCUGACUACAGCUUUGUGCUUCAAGAUGUGGAAGAAGAUGAAAAAGAACAUAUUUUAACAAGUCAUAGUGAGAGAUUGGCUAUAGCAUUUGGUAUCAUAAGCACAUUGCCUAAAACUCCGAUUCAAAUCUAUAAAAACUUGCGUGUUUGUGGUGAUUGCCAUAAUGCCACUAAGUUCAUAUCAAGGAUUACUGACAGAGAGAUCAUCGUGAGAGAUUCUAAUCGCUUCCAUCAUUUCAAAGAUGGGAGUUGUUCUUGUGGAGAUUACUGGUGACCCUGAUAUUAUUCCCUUUUUAUAUGAUUUCCAUAUGAGGUGAGAUGUUAACAGCUUACCUCCAUGGGUAAUUGAAGCAAAGAAGUUGCACAAUCUGUUACAUGAAUUAACAAUUGUUUCAGCUUCCACCAAGGCAUCAAAAUCUCUCUUCAGGUGAAUUUCCAUUUGCUUUCAGGCUUUGACUUGGCCAGGAAAAUAAAAAAUCAGGGAGGAGAUGCCAACCAAGCAAGGUGGAGUUGAGGUUAAGGCAAUAAUGAUAGCAACUAAAAGCACAUUUGAUGAAGUUUAUAUCAACUCUCUAAAUUCUUUAUGGUCUGACUGUAGCAUUGAAAGUUCCUUGAUUAGGAAAUUCAUAUGUAAUUCUUUCUAGAUGGUAUUUAUGUUGAUUGUAAUAUCUUGAUUUUUAUGUUGUUAUCAAAUGCAAAAUUCUU